GCAAGAGCUAUAAAGAGGGUCACCGUUGCCCUUCUUGUACCACAUUCGCUCUUCAUCGCCAGACGCCAGAAAGAUGAUCCGCUUUGUGGCGUUACUGGCGACCCUCGGGUUAGCCCUGGGCGGCCCCUCCCCUGACCUCCCCGCGGCAGGAUACGGUGCACCUCCAGCCCCUAGCUACGGCCCACCCCCGGCUCCCACUUACGGCCCACCUCCCUCCCAGUGCUACCCACAGAUCAAAUACGUCACUCACUACCAGACGAAGGUUCAGCAGGUGCCAGUUCACAAGACAGUGUUCAAGACCCAGCUGGUGCCCACGACCCUCUACAAGACUGUCCUGCACACUCAAAUCGUCACCAAGCACGAGCGCCAGUACGUGCCUAAGUACAUCACCACCACCUACGAGCAAACCCGAGUCGUGCAUAAGACCCAGUUCGUGCCGGACAUCAGGACUCAGUACGUGACCAAGUACAUAACAGACACCGAAUACAGCAGUAUUUACCUCACCAAGACCUCCUACCUCACCCAGAGAGUCACCAAGACGCAGGUUCGCUAUUCUACACAAGUGGAGUACACACCACAUUACGUCACCACCACCCAGCACGUCACCAAGCUGGCACACUCCACCCAGCUGAUCCCACAGUACACCACUGUUGUCAAGUACCAGCAGCGUUACAUCACCCACUGCCCAGAGCCUACCUAUGGUCCCCCGCCAGUCUCUUACGGGCCUCCUGAGCCUACCUACGGCCCCCCACCAGCCUCCUACGAAGCUCCGGAGCCUCUCUAUCACGCCCCCGAACCAGGUCACUUCGAGCCACCUGCGCCAUCCUAUCAGGCACCGGCGCCUACCUAUGGAGUCCCCACCCCCACUCCUGCUUAUGGGUUCUAAGCACCUUCCCGUGCAACGCUCCUCCUCAGAGACAAGUCAGAAGAUAUUUGUUGUAGAGAAAUGAUCCACGAUUUAUUUAUUUUUUUUUCUAUUGCUCCUCCAGUUUCUCUUACGUAAGUUCUCUUUGUGCGCUAUAGAUAUCACAGGUCUAUUGUCCGCAACAAAGACGACGCAAGUUGCAUGUAAUAUUAUUUCUUAUUAACUGCAUGGUUCUAACUCUCAGUGUGUGUGUGUGUGUGUGUGUGUGUGUGUGUGUGUGUGAAAGACAGAACACUAAGACUUCAAAGGCAGGUAUGUAAAGUCUUUUUUUUUUUCACUCUCUUACACAUGCAGCAUUCACCUGAGCGUGGGCGAGUCUAUCUCCUCACUGUUACAAAAGUGAACUGUUUCCUCUCCCUUUCUCUGAACUCUCGGCACUGACUCGAGGCUGCGGAACUGAAGCUGCUCGUGGGUGUCGAUGUUUCAGGUUCGAUGAUUUGAUUUAUGCAUGUCUGUUUAUUCAUUUGUUAAUUAUCAUUAUUAUUAUUAUUAUUAUUAUUAUUAUUAUUAUUAUUAUUAUUAUUAUUAUUAUUAUUAUUAGAUUAUCUGGAUAUACAAUAAUGUGCCAAAUCAAGCAUAUGAAGAGAGAACCAUAAACAAAGGAGUAAGGUAAGUGUGAAAUCGAAUACCGAAAUAAUGUGCUAUGAAAGUGAAAGUCUCUUCUGCUUCCUUCUUGUUAGGUACAAAAUAAAACGUCCCCGAGUGAGGGGUUCCCAGCAGCCCCCCAGUUUCGUUCCUUUUACAACCCUUUUUGUGACAGCCAUGUAUUUCAAGCCCCGGGCUCAACUCAUGCAUUUUCUGGCAUCGAAACUUACUAAUGAAGUUUCGUGAGUAAUUUCGUUGGUCUUGUAUUCCUUUCUUUUGUUUAAUAUCUUUUUUUUCUCUCUCUCUUGUCCUUACACCGCAGGUUCAUAUAUUGUAUUGUUCGCAUCGAAACCUGUUAAUGGGGUUUCGUGAAUGAUUUUGUUAGUCUUGUAUUCCUUUCUUUUGUUCUCUAUAUUGCCUUUUUUUUUCUCUUUUCCUUACACCUUGCCAUUGUCCGUUAUUCAAGAGCGUCCCUCCCAGUCUUCGUAAUGUGGAGGUACGAGUAUGUAUAUCUAACAUUUGCAUAAGUCUCAUUGUUGUAACGUAUCAUUUCACCACUUUGUUUUCACUUGUUUUUACAGCACUAAUAAAGCCAUGAAUUAAA